AAUUGGCCAUUGGGACUGCACCUGCCCUCGAGUUAAUGCCAUAGCGCUCGCAGCGCGCGCCCAUCCGGUUGGCGGCUCCUCUCGCGCCUCGCUUUCGUGGCGACGUAAAGAUUGUGGAGCUUGGAGGCGAGAGGAGCAGAGACGCCAGUCGCCAGACGACGGUUGAGUCUGCAAGGCGUGUAUUCCUUACUCGGGGGUAGCCCUCGUCGCGCUUUCGGUUGGGGCGGGCAUGCUCGUCGCAGGAGUGGCGAAAGGGACAGGUUCAUGCUAAGGGGGAGGACGAGGAGGAGCUGAGAUCUAGAAGCCAUGGAUCCGCCUUUCUCCGGAUUUGUACUCGACCCAUCUAAAUGCCGCAAGUUGAGUAUAGAAGAGAAGAGAGAGCUUGUCCAUGAAUUGUCCAAGUGGCCAGACAGUGCUCCUGAGAAGCUACAAACUUGGAGCAGGAGAGAUCUACUAGAGAUACUUUGUGCAGAAAUAGGAAAAGAGAGGAAGUACACGGGCUUAACAAAACAGAAGAUGAUAGAGUACCUUUUUAAAAUUGUUUCAGAGAAAAAAGCUGGAGAACCCAUCAAGUCAACUACGGACCCAGCUCCCCCUAACCCUCAACCCCUGCCAAAAAGACAGAGGAAGAAUGAUCACCCUUUGCGUCUACCUGUUGUUGCAAAUGCAGGGAAUGAAGCUAUCGCUACCACAAGAUCCUGUCAGAAUCUAGCAUGCAGAGCUACCAUGAAUCUUGAGGAUGCAUUUUGUAAGCGUUGCUCCUGUUGUAUCUGCCAUAAGUAUGAUGACAAUAAGGACCCUAGUCUUUGGUUAAUCUGUAGUUCAGAAAUUCUUUCUCAAGGUAAUUCAUGUCAACUAUCAUGCCAUCUUGAGUGUGCGCUGAAGAAUGAAAGAGCUGGUAUUGUGAAUACUGAGAAGUACCCAAAUUUGGAUGGGAGCUACUACUGCACGCAUUGUGGAAAAGUGAACGACUUGCUUGGGAGCUGGAAAAAGCAGCUCAUGAUUGCUAAAGAUGCACGACGAGUGGAUGUAUUGUGUUACCGGAUUUCUCUCUCUCAUAGGAUUCUUCGCUCAACCAAGAAGUAUCAGAGUUUGCAUGAGAUAGUUGAUUCAGCAAUGAAGAAACUGGAGGCUGAAGUUGGACCUAUUAAUGAUUUACAUAGCAUGGCACGGGGAAUUGUCAAUAGACUCUCUGUUGGUGCUGAAGUUCAGAGAAUGUGUACUUUGGCUAUCAAGUCACUAGAUUCUUUGCACUCCUCCGCCUUUCGUAACUAUUCCCAUGUUCAACAAGCAAGUUUGGCAUCCUCUAGCUUCAUCAAGAUUGAAGUCACAUCCCCAACUUCAGUUACUUUGACAUUGAAGUUUGAAGAUAGCUCGAGAUUAUCCCAAGAGAUGGCUGGUUGCAACUUAUGGCACCGGAAAGCUGAGAUGAACCAAUACCCUAAAGAACCGAUCUUGACUGUACUUGAGCCAGUGAAGAGUCUUUCAGUAACAGAAUUGACUCCAGGUACAGACUACAUGUUUAAGAUAGUAGCCUUCAGCAACCUGUGUGAGCUGGGCAUGUGGGAGGUCAGAGUAACAACUGAUGUCGUCUCAACAGAUGAUCCCAGUGGCUUUACUCCAGAGAUAAAUGCGCCGAAAUCAGGUUGUCAAAGUCCAAAAACAAACAGCAGUGGCAUAUCUAACCCGUCAGAGGGAGAUGAAUCCCACAACAAUGGCACCACAUUUACUGACCUCAACAAGUCACCAGAAAGUUGUUUUCACUAUUUUGAGAAGUCUGAGAUGCAUGGCUCAGAGAAAUUCUCAGUCCAUGUUGACCCAGAUACAGUCAAUCAAAACACUGAAUUCAACAGCAUUGUUAGACGAGCAAAAGGUGUUGAAGCUGAGGCAACACCUGGUUACUCUGAUUCUGCUGUAGACGAUGAGAUGAACUCAACAGUUCAAACUGAGUCCCAUAGGGACUCCAUUAUGUCAGUGGAAAAUAUCCAGGUAUCUGACCUCCCUAAAUCAGAUAACAUAUCUAAUGUGCCAAAUGCAAAUGUGAUGGCUAUUGUUCCAUUUGAGAAUCCAGAUCAAACUCUACCUGUUACUCCCAUGCGGCUGGAAAAUAGCAAGGAAGUUUCUGGGAGAGGUAGCAAAUUGAAACCGAGCAAUACUUCACUCCAGAAUGGUCCAACGAUUCCGGAGACAGUGCCAGCAAGUUCUUCAAAGAAAAGAGGUAGGGAAAAAUUUGUUGAAAUAUGUACGAAGGAUGGAACACUAGAAGGAUCCUACGAGUACUGUGUGAAAGUGAUCAGGUGGCUGGAAUGUGAAGGCCACAUUGAGACCAACUUUAGGGUGAAGUUUCUUACUUGGUUCAGCUUACGAGCUACGCCUCAGGAGAGAAGGAUAGUCACUGUUUACGUUGAUACUCUGAUCGACGACCCAGCUAGCCUUGCAGGGCAAUUGGUUGAUACUUUCUCCGAAACAAUCAGCUGCAGUAAGAAACCCCCACAGGUGCCUAGUGGCUUCUGUAUGAAGUUGUGGCAUUAAGAAUUGCUGAACAAAUCUUUCGACGGUCUUGGAGCUUGAUUCUUUGAAGUGCAAAUUGUCAUUUUGAUUCUUCAUUGAAUAUUUGUUUAUGGUUCAGGAAUUUGGAAGAACCACCUAUCAAACUAAGUAGCUACUAAACGGGCUUAGUUUUGUUUCACAGUAUUCUGUGUGUUUUUCCCUCUCUACUCAAGACUCAAGAGUCCUGCAGAGCUACUCUUUACCUUA